AUGGAUACCUAUAAUGACUGGUUCGAUCAUUGUGUAGACGAGCCGAAGGAACUGGAUACCACAGACGAAGGCGGUGAUAACUGUGACGACAACACGACUUCUGGGUUUGGAGAUGACAUCGACGCCAAGCUAGGUGCUUUUGCGAAAUUGCGAUCUGCCUCGAAGCCUCAUUCGACACCACAAACCCUGAAAUGGUUGGAGGAUAACUACGAGAUAGCCAUAGGAGUUUGUAUACCUCGAAGUACACUGUAUUACCAUUAUCUCGACUACUGCGAGAAGAAGGAUACACAGCCAGUAAAUGCGGCCAGUUUUGGAAAGAUAAUACGACAGCAAUUUCCACAGAUAACGACGAGGAGGCUCGGAACACGUGGACAGUCAAAGUACCAUUACUAUGGAAUCGGUGUCCGUGAGAGUUCUAUAUAUUACGAGCUUAUGUACUCCGCUAAAGGUAUACAGAGUUCAGCAGAAGGCAAGAAAGAGAAUGUAAAACAGAUCAUAGCAUAUUCCCCAAGAUCAAAACUAGGAACGUUACUUCCGGAGUUCCCGGAUAUUAAAGACAUACAACUACCGCCGAACAUUGCCGAGGAGAAGGUAUUUACCUUUAUGAUGAUGUACAGGACACAUUGCCAGAGAAUCCUUGACACAGUCAUCAGGGCCAACUUUGAUGAGGUACAGAGUUUCCUUCUCCAUUUCUGGCAGGGAAUGCCGUCACACAUUGUACCGAUAUUAGACUAUAAAACUAUCGUCCUCCUCGUCGGGGUCUGUGAUUCCAUCCUCUACAAAGCCAUCGCUAAUGUCCUCAUGCCAACUGUCCUUCAAGCUCUACCAGAAAGUUUGACGCAAGUGAUUAGAAGAUUCGCCAAACAGCUGGACGAAUGGCUACAGACAGCACUAGACUCUCUACCACACGGUGUUCAAAAAAUCAAAUUUGAUCUAGCGAGACGAUUCGCACAGGUCCUACGGCGUCAAACAUCUUUGAACCACCUAUGUCAAGCGGCCAGGACAGUAAUACACAGCGCGGAAAUUACGUCACAGAUGUUGGAUGAUUGGCUGAACGUUGAUCUAAACAGCAUAAUUAAACAGACUCUGUACACUAUGGAUAACUACAGCGAGAGAGAACAUCAGAUAAUCGUAAAUUUAUGUUCAGAGUACGAGAAAUUAAUGGAAGAGCAGGCGCCAUUGGAAUCGUUUGUUGAAUGGUUGGAUAAUAUGGUUGACCGUUGUGUCGUCAAGCCAAGCCAUAAGAAGCCCGGAUCACUCCGACAGAUCGCUCGUCAGUUCCUGUUGAUGUGGUCGUGUUUUGGUACCAGAGUGAUACGAGACAUGACACUCCACAGUGCUCCGAGCUUUGGAUCUUUUCACCUCAUGCAUCUAAUGUUCGAUGAUUAUGUCCUGUACCUGGUGGAGAAUCUACACAGCCAGGAAAGAUCUAACGACUUUCUGAGGAUAAUCAAAGGCGAGGCUUCACCAGAUUUUGCAGAUAACGUUAUUCUGCCUGACUCUAACGUUAUCAAGGACACCAUCCUCCCUGGGGGUAGGUCUGCGUUCACGCCUGCCUUUUCCGGGGGUCACACGGAUUCACGUGACUCCGUCAUCACCAACACUAGGGAUAUAAUGAAUUGUCACAAUCGGCAAGGACUGCCGGACUCAAAUACCGCGGUAGGCUGCGAGACUAAUAAUUUUGAUCGCCCGCCUGACAUUGGCUUGCAGACCGGAUUCCCAUUACAGAGUAGCAGUACCCAAUGUAACACAUACGUCCCGCCAUUUAUACAUCAGACAACUACAGCCAUACAGCCAACUCAGGAUGACGUCACUAGCUUUGGAUUUAACCCAAGACACAUUCAGGUGUCCAUCCCCUCCCUUCACGCCAGCCAGGGCCAGGCUCUGACCUCCGUGUCCAGCUGUGAUAGUCAGCGGUAUACCACCUCAAUGGACUGGAACGCUCAGAUAACUCACAUCGCACAGAUCGACAUACCGCGCAUAUCUGACCAGACAAACAUCCCUCAGCAGUCUCGCCCCCAUACAGAUCACCAGUCCUUCUUGUAUUACGACAACACACAGAACACCACCAGGAGUUAUCCCCCUUUCUCCAAUGACAUUCAGUUUUCUGCACCAGGGGGCUUGCAUGUGGAUAAUUCCGGAAUGACAAAUUCGGGAAAGCGACCAAUAGAAGAUCAUGUUACAAAGUCGUACAAACGCCAGAACAGGGAUCCGUUUUCUCUCCAGCCUCAAUUGGAGGAAGGAUUUAUCUGAAGAUUUCAGAGAGAACAAGAACAUCUAUCUACUCAUACACAUUUUAUUAAUAAAGAUAUUUAUAAUGUGUGGAUUCAAAAAAGUUUGUCCUUUUAACACCUGUUAUUGGUAAAGAAACAGUGCAUUUUCAUACACAGUAUCCGGCUAAUUUUGCAUUAAUGAAAUCAUAGUGCAAAUCACAGAGACAUUUCUUAAAACACUUCUUUAAAGACAUGUGUACUGUAAAUUUUUCAAGAAUGAAAACUGGACUCAACAGUGUACAUGUACAUCUAUAUUUCAAUAUUUCUGCCAACAGUUUGCUACAAAUCAUUCAAAAAAUUAAAAACAGUUCAGGACAUAAAAGUGAACCCUGUUGUACUCCACAAGACAUUGACAAUGUUUCAGAUGGAGAGUUUUUUUCUUUUUUUAUUAUCAUUAUUCUUUUAACAAGUACUGAGAACAGAAUGAAAGUCAAUCAUGACUUAAAAUUAUUCGUGAUUAUUUAUAUGAAAAUAACAUCUUUUGAUAGCGGCAAAGCUUUGUUACCAAUCAUAUAGAAGUCUGUAAGAGUUCAUCAAUCAUUUAUGAAUUAAAAGUCAUUUCUAAAUCCGCAUUUCCAAAAUCAAGCAUAUGCACACAUGUCUUAAGAGGUAAGUUCUGCCAAGUAAAGUAUUUGUGAAAUCUAAGUGAUUUACAGUAUUUUAUUUCCCAUGGUGAAGACACAUUUUGAAAUCCAAAAUAUAUAAACUUUGAUACAAAAUUUAUGUAAAAUUCAUUCCAAGGGACAUUCCUUCGUUUAAAUAAAGUUUAGGUCGU